GCAUUUCGUAAAGUUCACAGCAACUUUUUGUCAAAUGGCCUCAAUAAAGCGAAGGCGAGAGACCGCCAUCUUCAAAUAGUUGGAUUUGUAGCGAUUUGAUCGUUGGAACGAUGCCAAGGUCGUUUUUGAUCAAGCAGAAAGCAGUGAAAAAAUACUCACGGGAACAAUGUUGCUAUCCAGAUUAUGCGCCGUAUUUCUGUCCCGAUGAUGCUACAACUGAACUCGACAGUCCUCCGUUUGGCUACGAGAAGAUCUACGACCUGGGCCGAAGACGAGAGACCCACGAUGAUCACAAACUACCCGAAACAGAGACUGCAAAUUGGAAACCCCAACAUCCUAACAUGUUCGAAGGAGGAUACGACAGGGAUUACAGGGUACCUGUAAGGACACCAAACUCAACAAGCCCCCAAACACCGUCGAUGUUCUACGACAAUCAUUGGAUUACACAAUCAACCCUGUUUCCUUUCUCGUUUCACGACUUUGAAAUGAAACCGCGCGCUGAAGGGAAUGAUGUAGAGUCACCGGAAAAUUCCAAGACUCAACUUCAGUGCAUCACGUGCAAAAAAGAUUUUGAUACGCGCUCGGCCUUGGAAGAGCACGUGAAGACCACGCACAAUAAUUCCAACCGAAGUUACACGUGUCAAUUUUGCAACAAAUCCUUCUCGCGUUCCUGGAACUUCCAACGUCACGUGUUGAUUCACAAAGGGGAGAAACCUCACAAGUGCGAGAAAUGUCCCAAGGCAUUCGUCCUUGCCGCUCAUCUCAAGAUUCACAAUCGCAUACAUACCGGAGAAAAACCAUACACAUGCGAGGUUUGUUCCCGGGGUUUCGCCCAGCUCACCAACCUCCAGCGUCACGUGCUCACUCAUACCGGGCAAAAGCCCCACAAAUGUACGUACUGCCCCAAGGGUUUCGUGAGCUCGAGUGAUCUCAGACGACACGUGAGGACUCACACUGGAGAGAAACCAUAUCAGUGCAAGAGUUGUCCCAAGGCGUUCACAACCUCUGGGAACCUGCAUUCUCACAUGCUCACGCACAGCGGAGAACGACCCUAUCAUUGCAAGAUUUGCAAGUGGAAGUUUAUUUCAUCAAGUAAUUUGCGUACUCACAUUAGAAUACAUCACAAGAGAUCCGCAGGUACACCAUAAUGCACCGCAACCAAAAAUUGUUGGCGCGAUUUCUCGGAUCACGUGACGUUAUAGAUUCAAGUAGUGGUCAACUCGAAAUCAAGAGGCGGAUAAUCAGAAUGAGUUUCUGGCUUUCUGCUUGGUUGUAGAUGUGCAAUUUCGCAUCAAUGUCCCCCCCCCCCCUCUCCUCUCUCUCUCUGUGAUGCAUAAUCGUUGAAACUUUUCAUGUUGACCGUUACUCAAAUCACAAAUUAAAAUGCUCAGUGAAAUCUAAAUUAUCUAAUAGUUGAAAUCCGGCCCGGUUGGCCGAAAUUAUGUUGUCCAACAACUUUCUGCUAACCAGGCGCAUUGUGCAUAUUUUGCUGCGUCGAUUCUCCAAAUAGAAAACAGACUAAAGACAAGUUACUUUUUUGCAAAAUUUAAUACACGGCGAACUACUGAAUGUAG